AUGGACCCCGGCGCCCCCCCCGCAGAGCCCCGCUGUGCCCUCGGACCUCGGGGACCCCUCGAGCCCGUCCCGGCCGCGCUCUGCGCCCUCGGGGCGCUCCUGGGUCUCGGCUGUGGCUGCUUCGGCUACCGCUGCUUCAGGGCCGUCAUGUUCCUCUCGGGGCUGCUCUUCGGCUCCGCCGUCAUCUUCCUCCUGUGCCACCGGGAGCGCGUCCUGGGGUCCCCGCUGAGCCUGGAGGCGAGCGCGGGCAUCGCGCUGGGCAUCGGGCUGCUCUGCGGGCUCCUCACGGCGCUGCUGCGCAGCGUGGGGCUCUUCACCACGGGGCUGCUGCUGGGGCUGCUGGUGGCGGCGGCCGCGCUGGCCGCGCUGGCCCCGGCGGAGCCCCCCGGCAGCCCCUGGGUGGGCGCGGGGGUGGCGCUGGGGCUGGCGCUGCUCGGGGCCCUCUCGGCGCUGCGCUGGCCCCGCGCCCUCACCGUGCUGGGCACGGGCGUGGGGGGCGCGGCCGCCCUGGUGGUCUGCGCGGAUUAUUUCGCCGAGGGGGCGGCGCUGGUGGGGUUCGCGCUGGCCCGGCUGCGGGGGGCGCCGGGGGGCCCGCUCUGCUGGCCCGGGUGGGCGCUGCUCGGAGCGUGGCCCGCGCUCAGCGUCACCGCGGUGCUGCUGCAGUGGAAGGUGACGGCUGGAGGGGCACCGAGGGGACACGUCCUCAGUCGGCGGCAGAAGCGGCUCCGGCACAAGGAGCCCAAACCCUCCCCCGAGGGUCCUCCCGGCCGCCAGGCCCCUCCGGCCCAGCGUUGCAUGGACCCCCCGAGCCCCGGGGACCCUCGAGACCCCCCGAGCACCGCCCAGAGCCUGCGGGACCGGCAGCCGGACAGCGGGGCCCCACCGGGACCCCCCAACGCCGCCCCCCUGCCCCGACACCGCCUCUGAGCCCCCCCAACGUGCCUUGGAGACCCCCACACACACACUUCGGUGUCUGCACCUUUAAAUAAGCAAAUGAAGUGCCUCGUGCCUCGCCACCGGGGGCGUGGCCUGUGGAGAUGGGCACGUGGGUGGGUGGGACACGCGAGGGGAGUGGGGGAGAGCCCUGUGCACCCAACCCACCCCUCCGGCCCCUGGGGACACCCUUGAAAAGAAAGCCCCUCAUUUAUUUUUGUAGGACCUACCCAAAUACUUUGAACCGUGGGCUCAGCCCCCUCCCCUUCUGUUGGAGGGAAGGAGAGGGGUCCUAAAAGCCUUAACCUCCACCCUGGGUGGGGGUCUCACUCUGCCCUGGGACCCUCCAGCCUUGCCUGACUCCUACAGCACCACAUGGCCCCCACCCUGGGGAGGGUCCAGCCACCCCCCAAGCCCCCCCCAGGGGGUCCAGGCCUGACCCCCCCCACGCUGGGUCAGUGCUGCAGUUUUUAUUCUUCCACAAUUUUUAAAAAUAAAGGG